AUGUCCACCAAGGGAAAGAUACCGGCCCUGAAUGAUGUCACGGCAUUUUGUACCAAAUGCACGAAUGGCGCUUUGGACUUUUCGAAUACGCUGUUUGCCAAAGACCGACCCCAUUGUUAUGGCAAUGCUCUUCAGAUGGCAUGCGCCGAAGGUUUCUACUGCAUCGUUCAGAAACUCGUCCUGGACGGCGCAGAUGUCAACGAUCAGGGUGGAUGGUACGGCAACGCCUUACAGGCUGCGUGUGCCGAGGGUCGUGAAAGCAUCGCCCAAAUGUUGCUGGACAACGGUGCCAGAGUCAACGCGGUCGGCGGACACUACAACACCGCACUCCAAGCUGUGCCGCACCUCGUCCGGCCGAAACAUUCCGGUUCUGGCGAUUGA